CGAUGAUUUUCACACACACACAUACACACACGCACACACACACAAACGCGCACGCACAAACACACGUACUUUCACAAGUACACAACAAGUACACGAGGACCCACCGUCAUGGCUGUUGUUGUGCUUCUCCUUGGACUCGAGAUUGCGGAUGGUUACGCUUAACCUUUCACCCCUCACCCGUGGCGCGGCCGCCUGUCCGUCAAGCUGAGGGGGCGAGUCUGCUAUCACCAUGGCAACCACGCCCGCCUCGCUGGGGAAAGGUGUGGGUCUGGUAUUGGUGGAGUUCCAGUACGAGUACGAGGGUCGCGAUGGCUCCAUCAUCUCCAUCAAGCCCAACGAGCGCUACGUCCUGCUGGCCAAGACCAACGCCCACUGGUGGCAGGUGCGGCGCGACCACACCUCCAAACCCUUCUACAUCCCGGCGAAGUAUGUAAAAGAGCUCCCACCCGACGCGCCAUCACCUCUGGACUUUGCCCACCCGCCGGCUCCUGAGGCAACCCCGGUCCCCACUCCGGUAGCGGCCCCGGUCCCUGUGUCGGUCCCCGUAAUGGUCCAUGUUCCCAAAGUUCUGGAGGAGCCCGGCGGGACCAGAAGCAAACCCGGCGACGAAGUGCCCAUCCGGCUCAAACCGGACACGUCCGGUGGCUACCGUAAGACAGAGAAUCGCAUGUCCACAUUUGGCGUCCCGCUGGACUUCCUGGACCUGCCGCCGCCCCUCGCCACAGUGCAGCGUCACUCUGGCGCCCCCUUGGGUCCUGACUGUGCCGACAAAACCGACGGCGUAACGGCGAAAACACUGCCCGAGGAGCAUAGAAACAUUGGUUUCAUCCCGGCUGACCCACCUGCCGCCCGACCCCACACACUGCCCAUCCCCGUAGACACGCCUACUGUACCCGAUGUGCAGGCCCUCAAAGACUCCGAGGGUGGACCCUCGCAGGAAGACCGAGAGGAGGCGGUGGCCGGGCGGCAAGAAAUGGAACAGGAAGAGGAAGAGGAAGAGGAAACCAUCGAGGCCACGGAGGACAGUGAACAGGACAGCGACGAGCCAGAGGAGAUUGAGGAACACAAAGAGGAAAAAGACUCCAACCACAUCUAUGAGUCCAUCCAGGAUCUGCACCUGGACGCUCUGAUUGGAGAGUUGAACCCGGCUCCGCCUCCCAAUCUGCAGACCUGUGAUCCCGCCUCCGAGCCAUCGCAGCUGCCUGACCCCGCCCCCUCCACCACAGGGCCCACCCUCUCCUCUUCAAGCACCUCCUCUGAAAUAAUAAGCCUCUCCCCACUCAGCCCGCAACAAGGAUGGCAGAUGCACACGGACCAGGAGAGUGGGAGGGUGUUUUACUUCCACCCACUGACUCGACAGAGCACCUGGUCGCACCCGCGCUCGCCCUCGCCGCACCCAUCAUCACCCCCGGUCUCGUCACCCGUCCCAUCCGCUUCGUCACCGACACCCUCGCCACAGUCUGGCUGCGAGAUUUGGGAACAGCUGAUGGACCCAAACUCCGGGAGGCUCUACUACUACAACCCAGUGUCUGGUGCCACCUCCUGGAACGCGCCCAUGCCGGCACCCCACGCUGCCCCCACGAUGACCGAUGAACCCGCCAAGCCCGACGACGGCCCGCCUCCACUGCCAGAAGAAGAUUAUCCCGUUGACGCGCAGCACGACAAUGACACCGUCUUCAUGAUGCAUGCUCGGCAGCACAUCAUUCCCAGAGCGCACCUGGAGCGCCAAGAUGGCCUCCGGAUGGCAAACGGCAAGCCCGAUCAGCGCGUGGCAUGGCGACACAGCGUGGCCGAGGACACGUUUGCUUCGCGACACUGGAGGAACCUCGCCGACUUCAGCAGAGACUCGGCAGACACCACGCAGCUCUGUGAUAGGUUGAGCUUGAGGAGGAAUCUGUCCGAUAGGAGCUCAGACUCCCAGCAGGGACACCUGCUGGAGAAGGCUGGAAUCGUCAACAAGACCAAAGUAGUCGAUAACGGCAAGAAGAUCCGGAAGAACUGGAGUCAAUCUUGGACUGUCCUGCAUGGCGGCAUCCUAACUUUCCACCGGGACCCCAAAUCUGCGCCCAGCAGUAACAUGGCCUCCCAGAUUGUUCCGGAAUACACGGUGGAACUGAGAGGAGCUUCGGUGUGCUGGGCACCCAAGGAAAAGUCGUCUAAGAAGAAUGUCCUGGAGCUGAGGACUCGUCAAGGUUGCGAGUAUCUGAUGCAGUACGACACAGAGAGUAUCAUUGCCGAUUGGCUGAAAGUCGUACAGGACACCAUCAGACAGCUAGAUCACGAGCACGUGUCGGACGAUGAUGACGAUGGCGCCUCGGACAAAGAGGACAAAGACAGGAAGCGGGCAAGCAACAGAAGUUUGUCGGGCGCCGACACGGAGCAGACGCGAGUUCGCACAAAACUGCGACGCUUCCUCCAGAGGAGGCCCACGCUGCAGAGCGUCAAGGAGAAGGGGUACAUACGAGACAACGUGUUCGGCUGCCAUCUGGACACCCUCUGUCACAGGGAAAACACAACCAUUCCAAAAUUUGUGGAGAAGUGCAUCAAAGCUGUGGAGAGGAGAGGUCUUGAUGUGGACGGCAUCUACCGUGUAAGCGGGAACUUGGCCGUCAUCCAGAAGCUGCGACACAAAGCCGAUCACGAGGAGCAUCUCGAUGUGGAGGACGGUCAGUGGGAAGACAUCCACGUGCUAACGGGAGCCCUCAAGCUGUUCCUGCGCGAGCUUCCCGAGCCGCUCUUCCCCUUCAGCUUCUUCGACAAGUUCAUCGCCGCCAUCCAAAUUCCCGACUACAACCUGCGCGUGUCCUACAUGAAGGACUUGGUGCGCUCGCUGCCGCUUCCCAAUCACGACACGAUGGAGCUGCUCUUCAGGCACCUGCUCAGAGUGGUGGAGCACAAAGACGCCAACCGAAUGUCAGUCCAGAGCAUGGCCAUCGUCUUCGGGCCCACGCUGUUGCGCCCGCAGACCGAGUCGGCCAACAUGACCAUCCACAUGGUCUUCCAGAGCCAGAUUGUGGAGCUCAUGCUAAACGAGUUCCACACCGUCUUUGUGCAGAGGUAGCACCACUGCGCACAUGCAGCCUUCCGCAACUUGGAUCUGAGACGUACAUUCCAAAAGAGACGCGGGUCCUUCCACAAGAUAGAGCAACAUCAAUGCCAGCAGGGCGCUUUGGACACAAACGUAUUGCUGCCACACCAGUAAAAAAAA